AUGUCUUCCAUAACUAUCCGUCCAGCAACGCAAGAUGACGUUCCCCGAAUGCUGGAAGUCUUCUUCUCCGCAUUCUCUUCCUCCCCUCUCAACGAGCGCUGCUUCCCUCCAUCAUCACCGGAUGUGCAAACCUGGCAAGAAAAUCUCAUUCAACGAAACAUUGAAGACAAGGAUGACAACUACAUGAUCGUCGCGGAACAAGACUCCCUUAUCCUAGGCUGGGCACGCUGGGUUCGCCGGGAGCAGCCGCUGUCUGGCAAGCAGAUCAAGUCUUCUACGUUUCCGGCUUCGGGGGAUCAAGAAACUGCGAGGCAUUUCUUCCAGGCGAACAACGAUGCAGCAAUUAAGUAUAUCGCGGGAGAGAAGCACUGGUUUCUUAGCACGAUUGCUGUCGUGAAAGAGGGGCAACGCCGAGGAGUGGGAUCCGCCUUGAUGGAGUUUGGUGUUGAGAGAGCCGACGAGGAAGGCUGGAUGUCCUAUCUGAACAGCUCUCAAGAGGGUAAGGGAUUGUAUGAAAAGUUCGGGUUCAAGGUCAGUGGAACUAGUGAGUUCCCUGAGCUCGGCAUGGUGCAAUAUCAUAUGCGGAGAGAAGCAGUCAGGAGUUGA